AUGCCUACCACACCUGAACAACAAUACAUCGAGCUCGUCGCUCGCCAAAACAUCACCGAUGAAGAAUACCUGUCGGUCUUCGAUAAGCUGAAGCCUGUCUCUGAUGAAAAGUUCCUCGGAAGUUGGAAGGGAGCCAAUGUCAAUACCAAUCAUCCUACUGAGAAGAAGCUCUCGGAUAUGAAGUGGGCUGGUAAGGAUUUCCGAUCCUCUGAGGAUGUUGAUCCGAUUAUGGUGUAUAAAGAAGAUGGGUCUAGAGGCUGGAAUGAGGACUGGGGUCAUGCUCGCCUUCGCCAGAUUGAGUGGCGCGGUGUUUUGUCUACUGCUAUGGUUUAUGAUGAUUUCCCUAUCAUUGAUUAUUUCAGAUAUGUCAGUGAGGAUGUGCUUGCUGGUGCGAUGGAUGCGAAGAAGGUGGAGGGCACUUAUUACUUUUAUUUGCAUAAAUAG